UUAUCUCGCAUGCGCAGUUUGGACAUUUAAUAAAACAGAUGUUGUGCCACGAAGGCAUUUAUUUUAACGUUGUUGUUCGAUAACUGUAUAUAAAUAUUAAUAAUAGUUUUUAUAUGUAUACCACGUGAUAGAUUAAAACAAUUUGAAUUACAGUACUCAAUUAUAUGUAUGUUGUUAACCAUGUGUAUUCAUCGUGACGUAUGAUGAUGAUAAUGAUGAUGAUGAUAAGUAUACGACAUGUAACACACAAUUGAAUGAUAAAUAUAACCUCAAUUUUGAUGAUAAUUAUGGCAACGUCAGAAAGUGACGAUUUUGAGAGCGCUGAUGAGGAAUUAGCACAUGGCGGAACUUCCAAGACUAAAGUUGAUGAUAUGAAAUGGAAUACAAUGCAAUCAGUAGUUGAUUCUGAAUCUGACGAUGACACUGAAUGCAUUCCACGAGUACCUAGGAGAAAUAUGGUAAUCUGUGAAAAACCUAGAUAUCGUUCAUACAAAAGAGAAAUUUCAUCCGAUAAUGAUAAAAUUGGUAAUUUAAAGGAUACAGUUACUAAAAAGUCUGACGAUAAGGAAACUAAAGUAUUAACAAACAAAAUGGAAGAUAAUGCUUCUGCUAGUUCUGAUACAAUAACAAAAACUGUGAUAGUUGAAGAUAGUUCAUCAAAAACUUCAGCUACGAUUAAAGAUAAUUCUAUGAAAGUAAGUUCUAAGACUAAUAUGAAAGAAGAAACGUCGUCAAGACCUCGAAGAACAACUGAUGGUAUUAAAAAACUUGGUGCUCGAAAGUUAGGAACUAAGAUUGAAAAAGAAUCUGAAAUUAAAUGUAAAACGAUUGAACAAAAUGUGAUUGAAAAAAAUCUAAUCUCAACAAAUGUUCAAGAAAAUAUAACCUCGACAAAUGUCAUUUCUAAAGAACCUAUUAAAGGUAUGAACAUUGUUUCCAGUAAAUUGUCAGACACAGAUGAUCCUGAAAUAGACAUGCCUGAGGAAUUGAAAUCUGAUAAAAAAUUUAAAGAGAUAUUUAAACCACAAGGUUGGGAAAAACUUGGUAAUAGCAUUGAAUUAGAAGAAGAUUUGACAGAACAGAAAAUUCAACCUGUAUUAGAUAGAUUGUCAAUGGAUGACAAAGAUUCUGAUAAUUCAUUAUGGUCGAAUUGGGGUAAUUGGGGUGUAAGUUCAUUAAUAAACACUGCUACUGUUGGAGUUUCUACUUUGACAAGUCAUGUUAGUCAAGGUUUAUCACUUUUGGAAGAGACGAUAAACAUACCGGAUACUAGCGAGUCACAUAUGAUAGAAAAUUCUCAAAAAGAAAAAGAACAAGAUAAAGAGACAGAUGAAAAAGAAAAAACUGUAAUUUCUGUAAAAGAUUCUAAAGAAAAUGUAUCCAAUUUAUCGCAAGGAACUUUUGGUUUAAGUAGUUUUCUAUAUGGAGUAUCAUCCAUCACUAAAUUAGUCGAAUCAACUGGUAGUAAAGUAAUGAGUGGUGGUUUGGACACUUUAGAAGCUAUCGGUAAAAAGACAAUGGAAGUUUUGCAAGAAGGUGAUCCUGGUUUGAAAAAGAAGAAAGCAUUUUUCAUGACAGAAGGAAACAAACCUAAUUUAUCUCAAAUACUUAGAGAAGUUAAAGAGAAGGCAGAAUCAGAAGAGAAAACAAUAGAAGAGAAACAAUUAGCUAGGAAAGUUCAUUUCGAAUCUUUGUUUGACGAUUAUCAAGGUUUGGUUCAUUUAGAAGCAUUAGAAAUGUUGUCGAAACAAUGUAACAUUAAAAUUCAAUCGCAUUUGAUUAACCUUGACACGGAGGAUUUGGUAUAUUUGCAAGAAACAUUAGAACAAGUUAAAGAGCUUUGUGAUUUAGAUGAUGAUGAUGAAAAUAGACCAAGUAAAGACAAAGAUCUGAAAAGUCGUUUAGCAGAUGCUUGCCAAAAUUUAGAACUUGCCAUCACGUACGAACAACUCGAUCAUGUUUUGAAUGAAGCUAAAUCUAGCUCUUAUCUUGCUACACCUAUGUCUCAUACAAAUCUAGAAAUUUUUCAAUAUGCUAUUUCUACCAUAGCAAAGUUUACUGCUGUCAGUGUGGAGAGGUUUCACAAAACUGCAGAGUUACUUUUAAUUAAAGAAAGACGUAGUACAGCGAGUGAAGCUGAAGCACUCGUUGAUCUAACGCAUAUCAUAACUGAUGAGAUUAGUUUGUUGGCUACAAACUUUUGUAAUGUAUUAAACGAGUUUAUUAAAAUGUCUAAUAAUUCAGACAGCAUCAAUGCUAAUAUAACAACAAUUUUUCUCGAAGCUGAAAAUGCAAGCUCGUACAUUGAAGAUGCUUUUAAAUUACUUAUUCCUAUUUUACAAGUCGGUGCUCUAUAAAUGGAAAAUAUUAUAAUUUUGUUAAAAAUACAUAAUCAACAAAUGCA